AUCUCGAACCUUUAUUUACGCACUAUAAUAAAGGAGUAAAAUAUCUCUGAUCCGAUCUCCAUCUCCUUCUUCCUCUUUUGUUGUUCUCCGUGCGGCGAUCGGCGGUUCCACUCUUUGUUUGAACGGACAUCAACUUACUUGGGUAAGAGUUAAUAGCAUUAUGGCAACACCGGCGGUUGACACCGGCGGAGGAGCUGCUCCUGAUGGUGGAGGUAGACAACAAGCUGGAUUCGGACAGUCGUUAACUGGAAUUAUACGAAUUGCGGUGUUUUGGUACUUCGCUUCCAAAUUCUUUUCUCCAAAGAAGCCCUUGUCGUCUGAACCUUCUCUCUUGAUUUCCAAUCUAUUCGAAAAAGGAGAAUCUUUAGAUAUGUGGUUUUAUCUGUCAGAACAUGAGAGUUUCAAUAACUUUGGUAGUGAAAGUGAACUUGUUUGGCAUGAGACCAACAUACCUUAUGCGGUUUGGGGAUCAGAGAGUACUCGAACUCUGUCGUUGAAAUAUAAUCCUUCUGAGGCAGUAAAGCACAACGGAAGUGUUUAUGCUCAUGUUUUCUUCACACGAUCUGGUUAUCCACCAGACCCUAGUGAUCCAGAAUAUCAGCAUCUAGCCGUAUUCGGAAGGACACACCCUGUUGUUAUUUACUUGCCAAAGUCAAAAGCUGACAAAAAAAGGAGUUUGUUGACUAGUUCCAAAGAAUCUAGUGAGGAAAUUUCUAAGGUUGUGGAAGAAACUCAUAUUGACUCCAUAGAUGAUGGUCCUGUUGAAUGGGUUUCAUACUGGAAACCAAAUAUUACUGUGAAUCUGGUGGAUGAUUUUACAAGGUAUCCGAAAAAUGCUAUUCCUCCAAAUGUUGCCUCUUUCAUGAAUAUUGAACCCAAAACUGGGGAUUACUAUCCAACCAUUUUCUUCAAUGAGUUUUGGUUACUCAGAGACAAGUUAAAGCAGAUAAAUGACUCAGUAUCUGAGUUGCCUCUCAACUUAGAAGUCGGUCCCAUAAGUAUGACAAAAUGGCAGCUAUUUCUGCAAAUUGAUCAAUCAUUCCAGAUUCAUCGUGAUUAUGGAAGCAUGGUUGAUGGAGAGGGUGAUCAACUAAAGAGGGUAUUCUUGGAAGGCAAUCCUUAUCUUUUGGUGAUCACUAUGCUUGUUUCGGUUCUUCAUUCCCUCUUCGACUUCUUGGCUUUCAAAAAUGAUAUCCAGUUUUGGAAUAAAAACAAAUCAAUGGAAGGGCUUUCUGCAAAAUCAGUUGUUCUGAACUUCAUAUGCCAGCUUGUUGUCUUUCUUUAUCUGCUUGACCAUGAUACUUCGUGGAUGAUACUUGCAAGUUCUGGCAUUGGUUGCUGCAUUGAAUUCUGGAAGAUUGGUAAAGCUAUGCACAUUGAGAUUGAUAGAUCGGGGAAGAUACCAAUGUUAAGGUUCCGAAACCGCGAGUCAUAUGCGGGGAACAAGACUAAAGAGUAUGAUGAUAUGGCGAUGAAGUACUUGUCAUAUUUGGUGUUCUUUCUAGUUGCUUGCUAUUCUGUUUACACCCUCAUGUACGAACGCCACAAGAACUGGUACUCUUGGAUUCUCUCUUCCCUUACAAGCUGCGUUUACAUGUUCGGGUUCAUCAUGAUGUGCCCUCAAUUGUUCAUCAACUAUAAACUUAAAUCUGUGGCCCAUCUCCCAUGGAGACAGAUGACUUACAAAUUUCUCAACACGAUAAUUGACGAUCUUUUUGCCUUCGUCAUAAAAAUGCCGAUGCUACACCGUCUUUCUGUCUUCCGUGACGAUAUCAUAUUUCUAAUAAUUGUAUACCAGAGAUGGAUUUACCCUGUUGAUAAGAAACGAGUAAACGAGUUUGGAUUCACAGCGGAGGAGGAAAACCAGGCUGCUAUCGCCGCGGCUGCUUCUUCUUCUGCAUUGAUAAGCACAACAGAGGUGAAUGAAGAUGAGAAGAAAACUAACUGACCGGUUGUUAGUUUUAUAAAGUUAAAAAGAGUGGUAGGUUAGGUAGGAUGGUUGUAUAUUAUAAAUACAAUUGGUCAAGCAAAACAAGAAAAGGUAACCUACAAAUUGCAAUUCAUAUAUACUAUUGUUGUAAUGAGACUAUUGUUGUAGCUUCCUGCUCCCUCCUAUUUCUAUCCCACUUGCUGCUCAAGUAUUUUUGGAUUUGUAUUUCAAUUAUCUUUAAUGCUAAUAAUAAAUUCUAAUUAUUUUCUUUUUUGUAACU